AUGCGUUGGGGGUUGAAGAAAGUGUUUCUUUCAGUCCUUGUAGGAAUCACAUAUAUUUACUUGCACAUUGUGGCAGGUGCUGAUAUAGAUGUUGGGCCUUCCACAGCUGUCAGUGCCUCAGUUGGAACAUCAUUUUCCUUGUGGUGUAAAGUGAACACUUGGACUUCUGGAUGGCAAACAGAGUGGACCAGAAGGACUGUUGUCAGUCCUACCAUACUGACACAAGAUUGUGUUACUGCUGAUACAACCAAGUACAGUGUUAACCCAUGUGAUCAGACCAACCACAACUUUACACUUGUUAUAUCCAAUGUGCAGUUCUCAGAUGCUGGGGGAUAUGAGUGUGGUCACAAAGGAAUGAAAUGUAACAGGGUAAUUGUGACAGUGAUUGCUGCUCCACGGGGAACCCGUCUCCUCAAUACUACAACAGACAUCAAGGUGAGAGCUCAGCAGGACACCACAUUUCUGUGUGAGACCAAGGCGUAUCCAGUGGCAACUGUUUCCUGGGAGAUAGAUGGCACUGCAGUGACAUCUGGUGUCACACACAGUAAUUCACCAAGGGACAACAUCACACAACUUAUUACAACCACAAGUACCCUGAAGUACAUGUUUCAAAAGACACAGGGUUCAAAGACUGUCACCUGUAAGGCCAGUAAUAUUGCUUCUGGAUCAACUCCUGCAGUGGCCUCUGUGAAUGUAGAUAUUGUCUGGCCAGUUGAGUCAGUGUCCCUAAACUGCACCAAUUCCACACUUCACCUAGAUGGCGCUACUGUAUACUGUCAGAGUCAGACAGUUGGUGGACAUCCAGCAGGAAUGGUAAAAUGGACAGAUGUCACAGCCAGACCUUCUCCAUACACACUUCCUAUAGAUGCUACCAGAGCCAGUAACCAUAGGAUAUAUAGAUGUGAGGGCUACAAUGAUGUUAACACAAAUAGGCCUUCUGCAGCUAUUCAACUGAAUGUGGCGUAUCCUCCCAGUAACGUGGGUAUAACAUCUAACCCUGUGACACCCCUCCUUGCUGGCAGUUCACCCACUUUAACUUGUGAGGCCAGUGAUAAGGGGAAUCCUGCACCAAACUACCGCUGGUGGAAUUCAAGUAACAACAAUAUCACAGACACAGAAUCUGCUGGCAAAUCAGUCAUUACUGUAGGGCCACUGACAGACAGAGAUAAUGGACAGAUAUAUCACUGUGAGGCCUCUAAUUAUUACACUAUAAACAAACCUUCCACCAGUCCAACUGCUGAAUACACACUGAAUGUGGAAUUCAACCCCAUAAUAUCAACGCGAGCCUCACCAAGUAGUACAGUUAAAGAAGGAGAUGAUGUGACCUUGACCUGUGAUGUAACCAAGGCCAACCCAACAGUUACUAGCUAUGUUUGGAGUAGAACUCAAGACAGAAACAAUGGCGUCCAUACCCAGGCCUCAUAUACCAUUAAUCAGAUACAGGUGGAGCAGAAUGGGACAUACACGUGUUAUGCCACAGCACAGUCCAGUCGUCAUGGCAACCUGGUCGGAGAGAGCAGUAUAACUAUUACAGUUAAAUACCUGCGUGUCUCAGUAGAAAGUAUCCCAGCGACACUGGAGAACAGCAGUGUUAACAUUCACUGUAAACCAGAGGGAAUUCCAGGUUCAUUUGUUUAUAGCAACUGGCAAUUUCUGCCACUUACUGGAGGACAACCUGUAGAUCUACAGAGGAACCAGAACCCUCUGGUACUGAACAAUGUACAGUACACAGAUGCUGGGACAUAUAUAUGUACUGCUAGUAACUCCCAGUUCACAAAGACUUCAAAUGGAACUUUAGCUGUUAAAUAUGCAGCAAAAAAAGACCCAUCACCUGACCGUGUCACAAACCUGGAAGUUUCAGCAGACAUUGGAGAGUCUGCCACCUUGACCUUGUAUACCAUUGCCUACCCAAUACCCACAUCUUACUCCUGGAGGAAAAUAAACGGCAGUUUACCUUCUACAUACAACCAGACAGAUCUGGAGUAUGCAUCAACACUGAGAGUUGACAAGUUGAGAGACAGUGACUACGGCACCUAUAUAGACCAACAGUCACGGUAA